GCCUACAGUAUCCCAAUCAGUGAUAGGAAAUAGUGCAGAAGAGCGAGAACUUCAAAUAUGCCGUCUUGGGUGGUCUCUUCUUCUUUUGUGGUUGGUUAUGAUAAUUUACAUGACAAAGGAGAUUUGGUUCGGUGAGACUUCGAUCGGAAUAGAAGAAGAACGUUUGAUUCGGAAAAGAAAACGGUCAAUUUAUAGUUUUGAUUAGGGACCUCGGACCCCUCAUUCAUUCUCUCUUCCUCUUUCUCUCUGUCACUUCUACUCUUCUAGGUAUCUAUGGAGUAAGUUAUCACGCAAUCCCCUGCCUUCAUCCAAAAACAUUUAUUCCUGUUUCACUACAUCAUGAUAUCGGCCGACAACUUUUGCGAUCGACUUUAUGUUGGCGGAUUUUCGACAAACUUGAGCAGUGAGCAAAUUCGGAAUCUGAUCACCCAAUUGGCUGCACCAUUUGAAGUGAGCAUUGACAUUGUUGAAAAUGGAUCUAGAAAACAUCGAGGAUUUGCUUUUGUACAAUGCAGAUCACUUGCCGAGGCAAACGUUUUGUUGGCUAAAUUUUCAGGGCUCUUCACAAAAGUCAAUUUCGCAAAGAAAGAGCCAAAACCAGCGGAGAAUGUUAUGAGCAAUAUAUCAAAUGUCUUCGUACGUGGAAUAUCUCGUGACAUGCCGGAUACUGAACUCUAUCAAGCUUUUGGAGGAAUCACUGACGGAGUUGUUCAAUGCCACGUGGCAGAUGGAUAUGGUUUUGUGCUCUUUGACACAAGAGCCAAUGCACAGAAAAAGAUAGUCGAGAUGGAUGGGAAGACAUUGAAUGGAAAGCUGAUUUCUGUGAGCUGGGCAAGACCGGAUACUGUUGGAAGGAAGAGAAAAAGACCGAUGAGUGAGGAAAGCCCAACACCAUCCAGCACUGAUCUUGGACUUUCUUCUCUUCUCAAACGUCCAGUAAUUCCAUCUCAUUUAUUCCAAUUACCACCACAACCAGCACAAAUACUUCAACCAUCACUUAUUCCAUUCCUUAACCCAUCAUUCCCAUUAUUAUUCCCUCAGAAUCCACUUCUAGCUCAACCUGAUUUAACGCAAUAUUUGAAUUUUUUGAUGUAAAAUAAAAUAAAAUUGUGGAGGAAUACA